AUGCCCGCAAACGCCAGCAGCCAGCGGCAGCCGCCAGGAUUAGCGGGCAGCAGCAGUAGCAGCGGCAUUGCAGGCCCCGCGCCGCGCGUCGUCGGGACGGACGGAGUGGAGACGGGGGCCGGAGUUGUGUGGCGGCGGCGCGGCGAGGGCGAGGGCGAGGUCGAGCUGGUCAAGCUGGUCAAGUCGGUCAAGUCGGUCAAGUCGGCGGAGGGCCUCGGGAUAGAACGCGCGGACGAGGUCGGUGCCCUGGCGGCACCGCGGAAGGACGGCGGACGCAGAGAAAAGGCCACGGUCGCCGUGCGAGGCCGGACGGCGAGCAGGCUGUAUUAUCCUGUGGCAUCUUGUGGUAUCCGUGGCAUGCGUGCAUCCGUGUAUCGCGUCGGUUUGUGCGAGAAUCUGCGAGAAUGGGAGAAUGCAGAGAGGAAGAAUACAAAUAACAGCGGCGGGGCGCGCACAGUCAGCUCCGGCGACUGGCCGAUUCAGAUCCAUUUCGUUUUCCAUCUUAUCGUCUCCUCCCUCUUUUUUUUUUCUUCGUCCCUUCGUCCCUCCCUCCUUCCCUCCAUCGUCGUCGUCGUCGUCGCCGUAGUUGUCGACGCCGUGCCUAGCCUCGUCUUCAGCGCGCCCUGCCCCAGCGUGCUCGGCGGGACCGCAGUUCAUUCCACCAGGACACCCCCACUGGUUUCACCGCAGGCAGCGCCGCACCAGCACCAGCAGAAGCUACUGCUGCUCACCCCGGACCCGCAGCGCGCCGCGCCGCGCCCCUUGCGCCACUCUGUGCCGACGCGCCUGGCGCUCACCCCGAUCCACGCGCCCACGCCGGUCCUCGCCUCCGCUCCUGCGUUCGCCUCCGCGUCGCUGUCGCUGUCUACCCCCACGCUCGCCGGGACGCCCGCGUCGCCCGCGUGGUCCCCGUCGCCCUCGUCAUCGGGGUCGGGGUCGUUGGCGUCUAUUCCGCGCAAGAAGUCCGGCGAGCCGCUCAAGUCCUCGCUCAAGUCCCGCCGCCCGCUCGUCCGCGGCUCGCUCUCGGUCCUCACCGCCCUCUCCACCACCACCACCACGAACACCCCGGCGUCCUCGCGCGCCACCUCGCCGCACCCCCACUCUCCCGGCCCCGACGGCGCAGGAACGGGCGCAGGCGCGAGCACGCGCAGCGCGCCGGCGACGCCGGGCCUCAGCGCGCCGAAGAACGUGCACUUCGAUGCGCAGCUCGCGCGCGUGCGGCUCUACUUUGCGGGGCAGCGCCCGCUCGCGGUGUCGCGCGGCGGGAGCCCCACGGCGGACGCGGGCAGCGGGACGGAGAGCGAGGGGCUGGAGCGCGGUGCUCGGGAUGAGGACGAGGAUGGGGAGGAGGAUGAGAGCGGGGAGGGGGAGGGGGAGUAUAGGGUCGAGAUGCGGUGGGUUGAUGGGCCGGGGGAGAUCAUUGGGGACGAAGACGCGCGUGACGUUGUGCUCGAGUCGCUCAAGCUCGACUGCGGCGACCCCACCACCACCACCACCACCACCUCCUCCUCCUCCUCCUCCUCCGCUGCCCUCCUGCAGCGCGACCCGCCAGCCACUCCAGGAUCCGCGGCGGUGUCGUCCGCGCGGCUGACGCUCGGCGCGGGCCAACAAGCGGCAGCGACGCUGCGCGGGCUCGUGCGCGUGCGCAACGUCGCGUUCGAGAAGUGGGUCGGCGCGCGGUUCACGCUCGAUGGGUGGCAGACCGUCAGCGAGGUGUCGGCGCGGUACGUCGCGCCCGUGCGCCGGCUUUCGUCGGUACAUGGAGGGAAGGGGCGCACGGAGGAGACAGAGGCGGAGAAGGAGGCGGCGUUUGAUAGGUUCGCGUUCGCGAUUCGCGUGCCGCUGCGCGUCGGGAAGCAGGCGGCGGCGGAGCCGCGUACGCUUGCGCUUGCGCUGCGGUACCGUGCGGCGGGGCGCGAGAUGUGGGAUAAUAAUGGCGGGCGGGAUUAUACGGUGCAGGUCGCGGCGGCGCGCGAGGCGAAGGCGUGUGCCGGCGGAGGGAGGGAAAGGGUGGAAGGCAGGAGCGGGGAGGGGGAGAGGGAGAGGGAGAGGGGGUUUGAUGUGUUGAGGGGGAAGCUGGAGCGCCUCGAGGCGCGGCAGUCUCAGUCCCAGUCUCCGUCCGCGUCGCAGUCUCAGCACCCGUCCGCGUCCGCGUCGCCGUCGCACGCUCAGGCGCACAUUCGGGCUCAGAGCCAGAGCCAGGGCCAAGGUCGCUCGCUCGGACAGGGGCAGACCGUCGGCGGCCUGCUCGCGCGCGGGGCGCCGCGGUACGAUUUUGCGGACUCGCUGCGGAGCGCGGGGGGUGGCGGUGCGGAUGGUGGUGUCGGUGCGUGGCGUGGGGCGCCGGGGUCGCCUGCGCGUGUGGCGUCGCCCUCGCGGACGCCGACGAUAUCGAGUCCGGGCGGGCUGCAGGCGCAUCAGCGCACGAGCACGUAUCCCGCGUCGGCGCCGUCGCCGCGCGGGGGCGCCGCGCAGAGGAGCCGGGGUGCGACGAUGGGUGUGCAGUAUGACUAUGGUGUUGCGGACGAAUGGUAUGGUUCCGCAAAUGACGAUGGACACGCGCAGGGCCACGGUUACGCCCACAUACACGAACACGGCCACGGCCACGCACACGGCCGUGCACACGGACGCAGGCACAGCCCGCGCAGGCAGCCGUUCGCGGGGGACGUGGGGUUCAAUUUUGGGUUUGGGGGCGCGGCGGGGCGCGGCGGGCUCGGGAUCGAGUUUGGGUCGCCGCGCGCGGCGGGCGCGGUACAGGGGCAGCAGCAGGGGCACGAGAACGAGCAAGGGCAGCAACAGGAGCGCCUGAGCGCGCAUUGGGCGCCGCCGCGGCGCGCGCGCACGCCGUCGCCGCUGCACACGCCGCUGCAUACGCCGACGACGACGGAGUCGGAUACGGAUACGGAGGCGCAGCGCAUCACGCUCGUGACGCGGCAUCCGCACAACCCACACCAGCACCAGCACCAGCAGCCUCCCGCGCCCGCGUCCCCCGCUCACGCGCACGCAGGGCCGGCGACGCCGCGCCGGCACACGCGCGGCGGGUACUUUGACGGGGCGGGGAUGAGCGGGGUGCGCCGCACGCCGCCCGGCUCGCCGUUCCUGCGGUACAACUCGUUCCCGCCUGCGUCGCCGGCUCCUGCGCUGGCUGCUGCGGAGGCGGCGAUGUUGUCGCCGGGCUGGGCGGGGGCGAUGGGGAGGCAGAGAGAGAUGGCGCGCGCUGGCGGGGAGGGCGGAGACGGGGGCGAGAACGGGACGAUCGGGCGCGCGCAGGGGCGGUUCGUGCGAAGGCUGGGAACGGACUCGCCGGUGCACCAUCUGAGCAACUACGACGAGCUUUUGAACCGGUUCUGCUUUUACACGGGCCGCUCGAGCCCGGACCCCGACGCGCGCUUCGAGCCGCCCGCGGACCACGUCCCGCGCUCGCACUCGACUUCCAGCAUCGACGAGAUCCUCGCCGCGCAGUCCCCGCGCGCUGCGAGCGCGCGGUCCCCGGACCUGACGCCGCGCGCAGGCGGCUGGGGCGGGGGGAGCAGCGGGUCGGCGACGCCGCUGGCCACGCUGACGCCUACCCCGGCGCGGACGAGGGCGGGGUUCCGCCAGUUGGGGCAGACGCCGUCGCUCGCCGUCUGA